AUAUUCAACAAAAAUUUCCAGAUUUAGCAGAAGAUGAUUUUGAAGAAGAAGUAAAAAUUGCUGGUAUAAAAUUCAUAUUUCAAGUCUUGGUUUCAAAAUAUAGUGAUAACCUGAUUUAUACCAAUUUAUAUAUUAAAAAAUCUGGGUAA